AUGGUACAACCGUGCGGAGAAGAAAAUGGAACCUUAGAGGCAGUAAAAACAAGUAUUUCCCUAGCAACAAAUUCGUCGAUCAACCGGCACUUAAAGGAAAUCGAGGAAUUACGAAAACGAGUUAGUAAAAGACUCAAAAAAUGGCCUGCAUAUAACGACGAUUACUCACUACAACGUUGGCUUCGUCAGUAUCGUUACAAUGUCGGUAAGAGCUUUAAAAGGGCGUCGGAUGACAGACUUUUCCUUUACUGCUCCUUAUCAAGAUCAGUCUCAAAUCUGCGGCAAUCUAUUGUAGUUCAUUCAAUUUCGCGCAGACCAGUGUUGUUCUUUUCUAUUCAAAUAGCUAGUUCUAAGUUCGUUCAAGAAGAUGUUGUUGUUCCAAAACUGGAAUAUGCUUUGGAUACCAUUGGUAGCUUAGGCGGCUUUGAUCAUAAAUUUGAAAGUCCAGAAGAAGUGAGCGAUGUAAUUAACGGUCUGACUGCUACAGCUUGCUACUUCCCUGGGUUUAAUUGUUCUUUCUUGAUUAAAGAAGCUCUUUUUGCUACAGGAGGUUUAAUGGGGAAUGACAAGAAUGGGAAUAUUAUAUCUAUGCAACCAAUGGGGCGGGUUCGACCUAAAAGCCUUAUACCAACGGGACGAGUUUCCGACCUUUACAGACUCUCGAUUUUAGAAUGCGAAGCUAGCAUGGCAUUAUUAAGGCAACAAUUGUUUCCUGACUCAAUUUCUCGAGUAUAUGUAAUAAAUGCACCUGCAACUGUUAAUUUCAUAUAUCAAAUGGCUAAGCUUGUUCUAACAAAGAAAACUAUUGAAAGAGUUCGUUUUUUGGGUCGUGAUUGGAAGGAGGUUUUGAAGGAUGAACUUGGGGAAGAGUAUAUAUUACCGUUUUGGGGAGGAAGCAAAACGGCCAAUUGCUCCACUGGUUGUAUUCGUAUGGGUGGCGAUGUUCCGGAAGAUAUGAAGCAGGAAGUCGCUGAAUCACUGAAAGUUCUACCUAAAGAAAAACUGAGACAGAUGAGAAUUGAAGCUCGUAAUAAAGAAGUUCUUAGUUUUGAAAUCAGCAAACCGCAAACAAAACUCUCGUGGUACUUUACGGUUGAAUCGGGUGAUAUCGAUUUCUACAUCACUUUUAACGAUAUUACGGUUUGGCCUCGGUUUCGCAUUUCGACAGAAUUUGUGCCAGAGUUUGGUGGAAUUGUCUGUCAGGAUGUUGGAUCUUACAUAUUACAUUUUGAUAAUCGUCAUAGUACUUUUACUGCUAAAAAUUUGUUUUAUGAUAUUGAGUUUGAUUUUUUAUAG